CGCGCGCAACUGAAAGUGAAAGCGUUCGACCUCUCGGCGCUCGCUCUCUCCGGUCUGGCCGCCCGCGCCGUCCUGGUUUCCGUGCUGCAGUCCCGGUGGCGGGCGGGAUGGAGGAGCCGCAUGCCGUCGCGGGCGCGGACGUGUCGCUUCACAACUUCAGCGCGAGGCUGUUGGAGCAGCUCGUCCACUUCCACGUCAUGCGGCUGACGGACUCGCUUUUCCUGUGGGUGGGAGCAACGCCGCAUCUGCGCAACCUCGCAGUGGCCAUGUGCAGCCGCUACGACCCCAUUCCUGUGUGCACUUCCCUUUUUGGAGAUACUUCUGACACAACUUCCACUGGCCUUGCCCAGCGCUUAGCCAGGAAGACCAGUAAACAGGUGUUUGUCAGCUACAACCUCUCCAACACAGACAGUAACUUCACCUUACUCGUAGAAAACAGGAUCAAGGAAGAAAUGGAGACGUUUCCGGAGAAGUUCUGAGUGGCAGAAGGAAGAGUUUGUAACUUGUGUAUAAACUACGCUUCAAUAAACAGGUUGGGUUUUGUCUCA